GUGUCCCUUGGAUACAGCGGAUCACCGAUUCAUGGAAAGAGCCGAAGAUGUCGGCUCGGUCAUGUGAUCAGCUGUGUCCAAUCAGAGCUGAUCACAUGGGACAUGUACACUAAUCAUCAGAGCACUGAUGAUCAGUGUGCCCUGAUGAUCUGUGUAGCCCCAGCAGCGCCACCUGUCAGUGUCCAUCAGUGCCAGCUCUCAGCGCUCAUCCAUGCCACCUGCCAGUGUCCAUCAGUGCCCAUCAGUGCCACAUCAAUGCCACAAUAUCAGUGCCCAUCUGAGCUGCCUUUCAGUGUCACCCAUCAGUGCCAGUCAGUGCCACCUAUCAAUGCCAGUCAGUGCCACCUAUUAGUGGUGCUAAUCGGUGCCAUUUAUCAGUGCCAGUCAGUGCCGCCUAUCAGUGCCAGUCAGCAC